AUGCAAAUUUUUGUUAAACGUUACUUUCUAUUAGAUUAUGAAAAUAGUUCUCAUCAUCUGUGGCGACUACCAGGUGGUGGUGGUCUACCUAUAUCUGUUAUGGAAAAUGAAGCUAUAAGUAUUGUAACAGCACAACAUGGUUCAAUAUCUGUAUAUGCAACUGACAAACGAAGUGUUGGUCAAAGUAGUUUAUUAGAAUGUCCUAUUUCAGUUAUGUCAAAUUUUUCUGCUUGUUUAUCAUAUAUCGAACAACAUCAAUAUCGUUUAAAACAUAAUACAUUUACAAAUACGGCACGUGAUUUACAAUAUGUACUUGAUGUUAUUAUUGGUCAUGAUCGUCAUCAUUUAAAAUCGAAUCAACGUGUUAUACUUAUGGGAUCAAGUCAAAGUACUUAUCUUUUACAACGAUAUCUUCAUUUAACAGCUAAUAAACAACAAGUUGACGCUGUCAUACUCGAUUCAAUUGUACCAACUGAUAUAAUUACAUUGAUAGAAUUUGAUCCAUAUAUUAAUUAUAUCGUUUUGGAUCUAUUUUCUCGAUGUGCUCAAGAUAAACAAGGAUGUUCUAAUAAAUUUCAAGAUUCAAAUCCAAUAGCAUCUUUACUCUAUCCAACACUGAUGCAAUUAAUACCAGCAUUGAUCUAUCGAAUUAAUCGAUGUAAUAUCAAUGAUAAAAUUGUUAUUAAACAUUUUCUCGAAAAAACACCAUUAAUACAUGAAACUAGUUUACCAGGACAAUCGAAUUUGAUUGAAUUCAACAAUGAUUUUUCUGAACUUUGGUUUUUUGGCAAUGGUAAAUACAAAUCGGUCUCAUGUGAUUUCAUGAAGGGAAUGUCAGCAAAUACAUUUAGCGCAAUGCAUAUGAUGGCAGAUAUUUAUUGUCCUGCUCAAACAGCUGCAGUAUUAGGAUAUCCUACCGAUCAAUAUUAUAGAAAAUAUCCAUCAACAAAGACUCGACUACCAGUUUUAAUUUUACACGGUACGUAA